AUGGCUUCCCGAGACGACCAGAUUCUCACCAACGACUAUGUCAAGGAGAAUAGCACCAACGUCGGCCAUGUCGAGCACCCACACACGCCGACCAGCAGCGAUGGCCCAGCCAGCCCGAAAACGCCAUACCGGGAACAUGGCCCUCUCAUCGACCGCAGCGUGACUGCGGAGAACCUCACGAAGCGAGCCUACAACUCUGGUCUGCUAUGGCCUCGUAUCCGACACACCCUGCGAGCCCCUUUCUCGGAGUUCAUGGGGACCUUCAUUCUGAUCAUGUUUGGUGACGGUGUGGUUGCUCAGACCCUGUUGAGUGAGAACGCUGGUGGCGACUACCAAUCCGUCUCCUGGGGCUGGGGUCUCGGUGUCAUGCUCGGCGUCUACGCCAGCGGUAUCUCCGGCGCCCACAUCAACCCCGCCGUCACCUUCGCCAACUGCGUCUUCCGCAAGUUCCCCUGGAAGAUGUUCCUCCCCUACGCCAUCGCCCAAGUGCUGGGCGCCAUGUGCGCCUCGGCCGUCGUCUACGGCAACUACCGCUCCGCCAUCAUCGCCUUCGAGGGCGGCCCCGACAUCCUCACCGUCCCCGGCUACUCCGACACCGCCACCGCCGGCAUCUUCUGCACGUACCCGCAGUCGUACAUGACGACCACGGGCCAGUUCUUCAGCGAGUUCAUCGCUUCCUCCCUGCUCAUGUUCCUCAUCUACACGCUGAAAGACGACGCCAACUUGGGCGCCGGACCCCUGACGCCGCUCGGACUCUUCUUCAUCAUCUUCGGUAUUGGUGCGUGCUGGGGCUGGGAAACCGGCUACGCCAUCAACCUCGCCCGUGACUUCGGCCCCCGACUCGUCUCGUACAUGAUCGGCUACGGCCCCGAGGUCUGGAGAGCCGGGAACUACUACUUCUGGGUGCCCAUGGUCUCCCCCUUCCUCGGCUGCCUCUUCGGCGGCUUCCUCUACGACCUCCUGCUCUUCACCGGCGAGUCGCCCAUCAACUCGCCGUACAUGGGCCUCUACCGCUUUGUGCCGUGGAUGGACAACAAGGAGUACGACGGCCGCCGGUGGGACCCCGAGGACAUGAAGACCGAGAAGAGCUUGGCUUAG